UAGGAGUAGUAUAGUGGUGACGUGUCUUUAAGGCGCUCUGCCGGCGCAUUAACUCCAGGAGCAGAGAUCUUAACCCGGUUACACUCUGAUAACCACCGCCAUGGGGAUUAAGUUCUUGGAGGUCAUCAAGCCGUUCUGCGCGGUUUUACCCGAGAUCCAAAAACCAGAAAGAAAGAUCCAGUUCAGAGAGAAGGUGCUAUGGACGGCCAUCACCUUGUUCAUCUUUCUUGUCUGCUGCCAGAUCCCUCUGUUUGGGAUCAUGUCUUCAGACUCCGCAGAUCCCUUCUACUGGAUGAGAGUCAUUCUGGCUUCCAACAGGGGUACUCUGAUGGAGUUGGGUAUCUCCCCCAUCGUGACCUCAGGCCUCAUCAUGCAGCUGCUGGCUGGAGCGAAAAUCAUUGAGGUUGGAGACACACCUAAAGACCGAGCGCUGUUUAACGGAGCCCAGAAAUUGUUUGGGAUGAUCAUCACGAUUGGCCAGGCGAUCGUGUACGUGAUGACGGGCAUGUACGGAGAUCCGUCAGAGAUGGGAGCUGGGAUCUGUCUCCUCAUCAUCAUUCAGUUGUUUGUGGCUGGUCUGAUCGUGCUCCUGCUGGACGAGCUGCUUCAGAAAGGAUAUGGUUUGGGCUCUGGUAUCUCCCUCUUCAUCGCUACUAACAUCUGUGAGACCAUCGUCUGGAAAGCCUUCAGUCCAACGACGGUGAACACGGGCAGAGGCACCGAGUUUGAGGGCGCCAUCAUCGCUCUGUUCCACCUGUUGGCCACUCGGACUGAUAAAGUGCGCGCUCUGAGAGAGGCCUUCUACAGGCAGAACCUCCCCAACCUCAUGAACCUCAUCGCUACUGUCUUCGUCUUCGCCGUGGUCAUAUACUUCCAGGGCUUCAGAGUGGAUCUGCCCAUCAAGUCUGCACGUUACCGCGGCCAGUACAACACGUAUCCCAUCAAGCUUUUCUACACCUCCAAUAUUCCCAUCAUCCUGCAGUCUGCGCUGGUGUCCAACCUCUACGUCAUCUCUCAGAUGCUCUCCACUCGCUUCAGCGGCAACUUCCUGGUUAACCUGCUUGGAACCUGGUCUGACACAUCAACCGGCGGUCCAGCUCGUGCCUACCCUGUAGGAGGUCUGUGUUACUAUCUCUCUCCUCCGGAAUCGUUCGGCUCCGUGUUAGAGGAUCCGGUCCACGCCAUCAUCUACAUCGUCUUCAUGCUCGGCUCCUGCGCGUUCUUCUCCAAGACGUGGAUCGAAGUGUCCGGGUCAUCUGCCAAAGAUGUGGCUAAACAGCUCAAGGAGCAGCAGAUGGUGAUGAGGGGACACAGAGAGACGUCCAUGGUGCAUGAACUCAACAGGUACAUCCCGACAGCCGCUGCAUUCGGUGGCCUGUGCAUCGGCGGCCUCUCGGUCAUGGCCGAUUUCUUGGGAGCGAUCGGCUCAGGAACCGGGAUCUUACUGGCCGUCACGAUCAUCUACCAGUAUUUCGAGAUCUUCGUUAAGGAGCAGAGUGAAGUCGGAAGCAUGGGGGCGCUACUCUUCUAAACCUGCAUCAUGGACACAUGCCAUGCGUAUGCUGAGACACACCCUAAUCAAACACUUUUAUUAUUUUUAUGAGUGUUAUUACUAUUAUUUUAUAUAUUUUCGGCACAGUGAGUUGAAGUGGUCCAUUCUGAACAGCCAGGUUCGGCUUCAAGAUGUGAUUUGCGAUGUGGCAGAGAGAUUGAUUGAGAGAGAGAUGCUGUAUUUAUGAAAAACUCCGGAGCGAGACGUGAUGAGUAAAGCUAGACUCUGUGAGCUCUGACGAUAGUUGAUUUGGGGGGGGGACCUUAAUGUUUUCACUUCCCACACUCAUCCAUCCCCCCCAAACUCCGCUUGCUGCUCAACUGUAUUCAGUAUAGUGAUAGCAAUGCUCACUUCUUCUCCUCCAUCAUGCCCAGCCUUUCGUUAAAAGGUGCAGUGUUGCGUGUCCACGCCACGUUCUUUGUUCUUGGCUGCUGUCAGUAUGACGCCACGGGAAUAUUCACACUCGUAGGAUUAUUAGACAUUUCGGUUGUGAUGUCAAAUCCAACCAUAUGCAUUUUGUGUAGACCUUUUUUUUUUUUUUUUUUCUUUUUCCUUUCCCCCUCCCUCUCUCUUCCCCUCUUCUUUCCUUUUCACCCAUAAAGUGGUGUUAUCCAGGCUGAAGCUGUCUACAUAUAUAUAUAUCGAUCAUCCAUGGACAGAGACUUUUUUUUUUCUUUCCCUCCCCUCUCCUCCUUCCUCUCGUCUAUUUGACGGUUUGUGUGUGUGUAUAUAUAAUAAUGUGCCACCAUGUAACAAACCUUUAAGGUUUUUUGUUUGUUUUUGUUUUCCUCUCUAUGUACAAAAAUGGUGAAACAUCUGUCUUUUUGGAAAGAGUGCUCAUUCUCAAUAAAAGUUCUUUUUGUGUAAA